AUGCGGACACUUAGUGAGGACACCAUCAGGCUCUUUCUGCAGCAGAUAGCAGGUGCCAUGAAAAUGCUGCACAGCAAAGGCAUCAUCCAUCGGGAUCUGAAACCACAGAAUAUCCUUCUUUCCUAUGCUGGAGGCAAGAAAUCAAAUCCCAACAACAUUCGGAUAAAGAUUGCUGACUUUGGGUUUGCUCGAUACCUGCAGAAUAACAUGAUGGCAGCAACGCUGUGUGGUUCACCUAUGUACAUGGCACCCGAAGUCAUCAUGUCUCAGCACUAUGAUGCCAAAGCUGACCUCUGGAGUAUAGGAACCAUAAUUUAUCAGUGUCUGACGGGAAAGGCUCCAUUUCAGGCCAGCAGCCCACAAGACCUUCGUCUCUUCUAUGAGAAAAACAAGAUGCUGAUGCCGAACAUCCCCAGAGAGACAUCAAGCCACCUAAGGCAGCUGCUACUGGGGCUUUUGCAGCGCAAUCAUAAGGACCGCAUGGACUUUGAUGAGUUUUUCCAUCACCCGUUCUUGGAUGCAAGUGCCUCUAUGAAAAAAUCUGCUUCUGUGCCAAUGCCUUCCUAUCCCAGUUCAGGCUCCGGUAGUUCCUCCAGCAGCUCUUCCACCUCCCACCUGGCGUCGCCUCCUCAGUCCCUUGGAGAGAUGCAGCAGCAGCUGCAAGAGAAGACUCUGACGUCUCCAACCCAAGAUUCUCCUGGCUUUCUGCACGGGUCGAAGGAGUCUGUUGGAAGCAGCAGUAAAAAUUCAUCCUGUGACACUGAUGACUUCGUUAUGGUCCCAGCACAGUUUUCAAGUGAUAUAACUGCUGAGGCUGCCGGCGGAAAACCAAUCCAAGACAGUCUGAUGUACAGCGGGAGUUCUCUGGUGGCUUCAGCAGGCUUGGAAAGCCAGGCACGGACACCAUCUCCUUCGCCCCCUUACAGCGGUUCUCCUAGCCCGUCCAGCCGGCCGGGGCAGUUUUCCAGCAGCAAGUACGGACACUCUGUGCCCAUUCCGGUUCCGACGCAAAUCCAUAACUACAGGCGGAUUGAGCAGAACCUGCAGUCUCCCCAUCAGUGCUCCUCGCCGCGGUCUGGGGCGGUUCGGAGAUCUAGCAGUACAAGCCCUCUUGGUUUUCCUAAAACUGGUGCUUCGCCUCCUUAUGCUGGAGAGCAUGGAUCUGUGCCCAGCUCUAGGAAGCUCUCGUUUGGUGGUGCCAAGCCGUUCAUGCCAUCCCCACAAGUGGGAACGAUCCCCGAGCAGCCUAACCAGACUGUUAUCCCUUCCUCUCUUGGAGCAGAAAUGAGAAACCGGAUUCCUGUGGCUGGUGCCGCAGCACCCGAACACUCUCCUCGAGGGAUGGGUUCCCGGCUCCACAGCGCUCCCAACCUGUCAGAUUUACAUUCGUGCAGGCAAAAGAUAACCAAGCAGCACUCGGACCCUCUCGUCGCUCACUUUGGCCACAGCGCGGCCGGCCAGCCGCUGGCCAUGCACGGCCUGCAGCACUGCCGGCAGCUCCGCUCCUCGCCAAAGCUCUCUGAGUUCAUGCAGAGAAGCCCUCUGCCAACUAUCUUGGGCUCCCCUACUAAGGCUGUGUCCCCUUUCGAAUUUCCCAAAACACCAAGUUCCCAGAAUCUCCUCACGCUCUUGGCUCAUCAGGGGGUCAUGAUGACUCCAACACGGAACAAGACCUUGCCAGAUCUGAAGGAGAUGGGUCAUUUCCACUGCCAGCAGACAGGCUUGGGACUGAGGCCUGUGGAAGAGAUCAAGGGCAGAUCGCUGAGCACGGGCAGGCUCACUGACCUGCUCCUCAAAGCUGCCUUUGGGGCACAGAUCUCGGAAGCUGGGAGCAGUGACAGCCUGAACAACGAGAAGCCGAUGGAAAUUGCAGCUCCCUCAGGUGCUUACGGAGGGACCCUGCACGCUGGUGCCCGGGCUGGGGGCUCUGCCAGCCCGUCCCCAGUGGUUUUUACUGUCGGAUCCCCUCCCAGUGGAACAACCCCCCCACAGACCACGAGGACCAGGAUGUUUUCAGUGGGGUCUUCCAGCUCUCUCAGUUCUGGGGGCUCGUUCACUGGCAGACACCUGGCCAUGGGGGCGGGUGGUGACGUCCUGGAAGGCCCCACCAGUCUCCGGUACGCCUUCGCUGACCCCAUCGCCGCUAACCUGGAGGGGGGUGUUACGUUUGAGGCACCUGAGUUGCCUGAGGAGACGCUCAUGGAGCAAGAGCACACGGACAUCCUGCGCAGCCUCCGCUUCACGCUGGCCUUCGUCCACUACGUGAUGGAAAUCGCUGCCCUGAAAGGCAGCUCCAGCGAGAUGAGCAGCUCCGUGGCAUCCGAGUACCAGCUGCAGGAGAGCGUGGUGGCUGACCAGAUCAGCCUCCUCAGCCGGGAGUGGAGCUAUGCAGAGCAGCUGGUGCUGUACCUGAAAGUAGCAGAGCUGCUGUCCUCUGGCCUGCAGACAGCCAUAGAGCAGAUCAAAGCUGGCAAGCUGUGCCUCUCCUCCACCGUGAAGCAAGUUGUGAAGAAGCUGAAUGAGCUUUAUAAAUCCAGUGUGUCGUCCUGCCACUGCCUCAACAUGAGACUCCAGAGGUUCUUCUUGGACAAACAGAAGCUCAUGGAUCGCAUCAACAGCAUCACCGCCGAGAAGCUCAUCUUCAGCUACGCCGUGCAGAUGGUGCAGUCUGCAGCCCUGGAUGAGAUGUUCCACCACCGAGAGGACUGUGCACAGAGGUACCACAAGGCCCUGCUGCUGAUGGAGGGGCUCUUGAACAUCAUCACCGAGCAGGGAGACAUAGAAAACAUCAAUAAAUGCAAACUGUGCAUCGAGCGCAGGCUGUCGGCUCUGCUGUCGGGGUUCUGCGCCUGAUGUCAAGGUUCAUCCUCUCCACACAUCUCACCCUAGCUGAUCACUCUCUGCUUCCAACACCUGCUGCUGUGGCAAGAAAUGAUCCUGGCAGGAGGAGACCUGGAGGAUGAACUGCUCAGUGUUCUGUAUUUUGAGGCUUUGGGAAGUUGUUCCACAGACUCGGAUUCUCUUGUGGGUAUGUGUGACUGCAGCGAGCACCAAACUUCCCUGCCCAAAAGCCUGGGUGAAGACACAGACAAUGUGGAAAUGUUUCCCUCGUUGGCAGAGGGGGAUGAAGGAUAGAAUUCCACUUCUUCCCAGCACUUUGAAGGAAAAGACUGCCUAUCCCUCUUGUUUAAGAACAGGGUAUUCCAGUGCUGUCUCCAUUGCGGGCAAUGGAUGUGCUGAAACUGCUGGCUUCAGUUCACGUUGGAGGGUGUCAUUCAGAAAUCAAGGCCAGUUUGUGACUUUCCCCUAGCCCAGCUGAUAGGCAGGCAUCCUAACGCUUCCUGGCAACCCGAGGCUCCCCUCCCUAGCCCCUUCCCCUCCGUGUUUUUGCCUUGGAGCGCUUGCUGCGUGGCAGAGAAGGGGAGUCAGCUCCGUUGAGAGCUGAAGCGGCUCCCGCCUUCCGCAGGCUC